GAUCUCACUCUCAGAGAUGCACAAGGAUAUGGCGUGCUUCACUUGGCCGUCAACUCUUCACAUGCCAUGCUUGUGCUCUAUUUACUACUUAUAGGUGUCGAUAUUGACUCUAUAGAUAGCGUGGGUGGACACACUCCCUUGAUGUGGGCCGCUUAUCAAGGGCAUGCCUUGACAGUUGAUCUUCUUUUACGGUUUGGUGCAAAUGUAUCCGCUAUCGAUGAUUCACAUCUUACCCCAUUGCAUUGGGCUGUCGUCCAGGGCAAUAAGAUGUGUAUUCGAAAGAUGCUCGAAUAUGGUGCAGAUCACAAUGCCCGAGAAAAGAUUGGCAAGACUGCCUACGAUUUUGUCCAGGAACGAAAACUAGAAUCUGUCUGGGACAGAGCCGUCCUCGAGUUCGAUCGUACUCUUAAUAGUAUUGUGUUUAUCCUUCCUUUUGUUGUGCUCGGUUUGUUUGUGAAAACACUGGCUGUUUUGCCUUGGUAUACUGGAUUGCCAUUGGGGCUCUUGGAAUUUGCAGUAAUGCAUGUUGGAAUUAUCAAGUAUCUUAUCCCAGUACCUACACAUGAUGCGAUCUGGAAAACACCUUAUUUCUCAAGCAUAUUCCAAUCCAGUGCAUUUUGGGUUUUUUACUCCUGGAUUACUACACUUAUUCCAGGCAAGUAUAUGUUUACCUCACAGUUCAUGUUUACCAACAUUAUCUUUAUCAUUUGUUUCGGCACCGCGCUAUAUUUCUUUUUCAAAGCAAUCAGAGCCGACCCAGGGUUCCUCAAAAAAGAUCUUCCGAUUCAGAUCACAAAAGAAGCCGUGCUUGAACUUGCAGAAGAUCAAAAUCUGGAUAUCCGGCAUUUUUGUUUUUCUUGCAUGAUUAAAAAGCCAUUAAGAUCCAAGCAUUGUAAAAUCUGUAAUCGAUGUGUGGCUCGAUUUGACCAUCAUUGUCCUUGGAUAUCAAAUUGUAUUGGUGUCCACAACCACAGAUCAUUUAUGAUCUUUCUGUUGAACAUGGUCACUAGCAUUACGGCAUAUCUUUUACUCGUAUAUCAAUGCAACUCUGUAGAUUUUGUUGCAUCUCCACCCAUGGCUAUAACCGACAAUACAUGUUUUCUUGGAGAGACAGCGUGUGGUUAUUUUGCUUAUGAUGGAUGGACAAUGGCGCUGGCAUUGUGGGUGUGCCUACAACUGUCCUGGUCGGUGUUCCUAUUGGUAGUUCAGCUUUACCAGAUUGCAGUAGCGACAACGACCAACGAGAGUGCGAAUAGUCAUCGAUACUCUUAUAUGAAUCAUGAAACUCGUAAAAUUGAUCGGGUAGCUACAGUUAUCGGUCUAGGACAUGUAGAUCCUGCAAACGAUCCAGGAAAUUCUCAUGGGCACUCGCAUGGGCACUCGCAUGGCUCUAAUGGUGGGUUCUGUCCUUGCCUGCAGCUCGUGGCAGGAGCUAGGGCGUUGCACAAGCGGCGAACCCAGCCGACCAGUCAGUGGAGAGGCAAUGUGUUUGAUCACGGCUGUUGGGCCAAUUGCAUCGAAUUUUGGUCCGAGAGCAAUCGCGAACAGAAGCAUUUGCAGUGGUAUGAACUCUAUGAC